AUGUCUUCUUCUGACAGCAACAAUAACGGAGGCAAGUCCAACCUCACCGAUCGUGAGGUUGAGAUCCUCAAACACGCUUGGAACUGUCUGAAGACGCUUCCUGAGAUCGAUUCCCACAAGUUGGCCGCCGCCCUCGGCAUGAGCAACCACCGGUCUGCCCAAAAUGCCUGGGGUGCCAUCAAGAAGAAGCUCUUUGUUGAUCUGCCCACCUCCGUUGACGAGAAUGGAGAGCCCGUCGCUACUCCAAACAAACGCAAGCGCGCCACCCCCGCCAAGAAGAAGACCGCCGUUGCCGAGGAUGAUGACGAAGCCGAUGAUCUCAACGCCGAGACCGAGGAGAAGCUCGUUGUCGAGACUCCAGUCAAGAAGAAGCGUGCGACCCCGAAGAAGAAGACCACUGCCGCGGCUUCCGCUGCCACCGAGGGUGAAGCCGAUGGCGAAGAGUCCGCUGCUCUUGAGACUCCCGUCAAGAAGAAGCGAGCCACCCCCGCCAAGCGCCGAACUCCGGCCAAGGCCAAGAAGGAGCAGGACGAGGUUGCUGAAGAGGCCGCUGAAGAAGACGAACCUGCCGAGGCUGCUGCCCCUCCCACUCCUGAGGAGGCCAAGGAUCUGUUUGAGGAGGAUAUCAACAUGGUGGACAGCCAUGAAAAGGUUGAGGCCUAG